UUUUUUUUAAAAUUCAGAAAUCUGAAGUAAGCAGUUUACUUUCAAAUUUUACUGUAAACUGGAAUUAAUAUUAAUAUAUUGAUAUCACAUUUUACUUUAUCAUGAAGUAAAUAAUAUUAAAUAAUACAAUAAGAUAUUUUAAAUUUAAAUAAUUAGCCAUUAUACUGAUAUAAUGUACCCAACACGUAUUUAAGUUAUUACGUAUCAAUUUUAUUAGUUAUUUUUUUGCAUAAAUUGUAUUUCAAUAUGUGUUCGUUAUUAAGAAAACAUCUGCAUUGGAAUUUACUGAAGUUAGUAUGUCCAAGACAUACUAUUAUUUAUACUCAAAGAUUACUGUCCGUUGUUACUCCAGAUAUAAUUGUACCUCGCAAAAUGAAAGGUAGGUUUGCCAGCGAAGAACAAAAACGUAUUAUUACAGAAUUAGUUAUCAAAUCAAGUUCCUCAAUAAUCGAUUGGGAUGCACUGAAAUCGUCUGUUUUGUCCAUAAAUCGUGGGUAUAUAAAUGAAAAAAAUAUUAAUGGAUGCAUCUUAGAGGCAUGCUCACAACAAAAACGCUUGGACUUAGUCAAGUCAUUUAUGAAGUAUGUGAAACAAUGUAGUCAUGGUAAACCUAAUAUAGCGUUAGAACUAUUAUACAUCCGUUCAUGUUACAAGUCGAGGAGUGAAUUGACAGAUAAUGAUCAAUAUGAAAUUCAGACUAAUUGUCAGUCUCUAUUUAAAAAUAAUUUACAUUUAUUGAAUUCAGUUCUUCUUGAAGGUAUAGUAAUGGGAAUUUGUUGUACACCUUUAUGGCGAGAUUCUUUAAAAUUCAUAAAAGAAUCAAAAGUUGAAGAUAACAUAUCAUUAAACACAUUUGUUAGCGUAAUUUUAAGAGCUUUUGAAGAAGAAGAAAUUGAUUUGGGAUGGACUACAGUACAAAAUAUGUUUAAUCUACAUAGAAUAAUACCAUUAGAAAUAGUUGCAGCAUGGUUUAAUGUUUGUGAAAAAAAUGUAAAUUGUAGCCAUCGUAGAGUAUUAGAAUUUUUAAGAGAUAAUGAGUAUAUUAUCAGGGAAAAUUUAGCAGAACUAAUUCGAAGCAAAUUAAAUCAAUCUGGAAUUAAAACUACUACUACUAUGAUUUAUCAUAAUAAUGGAAAAUGUAAGAAUUGUAAUCAAGUAUUGGAACAUGCUGAAGUCACAAAUUCAGAUUUUAAGAUACUUCAAGAACGUUUUUUAUCUGAUGUAAUGAUUGGAAAAAAUAUUUUUAACAACUCUUCUCCUCAAGAGUUGAGUGAUUUUAAAGAUUUCAUAGAAAUUACUGCACCAUAUGACGUGGUUGUUGAUGGAUUAAACUUGGCAUAUGCAUAUAGAGGAAAAAUUGGUGAUCAUUCUUUAACCAAGUUUGUUAUGAAGAGUUUUAUUGAAAAGAAACUGAAAGUAUUAUUAAUUGGCAGAAAACAUCUAGUAAAAAUGCUGGGAAAGGAAUUUGAUUUUAUAAAAAAAAAUGCUCACAUAUUUUUUACAAACGAUCUGUCUAAAGAUGAUCCAUUUGUUCUAUAUGCUGCAAUGUAUAGUGGUAUUGAUACAAAAAUUCUCACCAGGGAUCUUAUGCGUGGUCACAAAUAUUUAUUAGGAGAUGCUAUCAUAAAAAGUAUAUUUCAAAAAUGGUUACAAAAACAUAGAUUAGGAUUAAGAAUACGUCCAGGGAAUGAAGUUAUUAUUAAAGAACCUAUAACAUAUUUACAAGCCACUCAAGAAUCUGCAAAUGGAAUAUGGCAUAUGCCCUACCAAGAAUUCAAAGAACCUGGUUCCUGGUCAAAACCUGAUUCAUCGCCUGAUAAAUGGAUGUGUAUACAAAUGUAGACCGAACUAUAUUAUAUUUACUUAAAUUAUGUUUAAAAAAAAAAAAUAUAUUUUUCCAUUAUGAUUGACAAAAAUAUGUACGGUAGUAUAUAAAGUAAACUAUUGCUGAUUUUUUAUAAGCAUCUGUAGUCUGUACAGAUAUUUUUAAUAAUGUUAUUAUUUAAUAUAUUUUCUAAAUAUAGCUUGUAUCGGUGAAAAUGUAGGUUUAACAGUACUACCCAUUUUUAAAACAUUAAAUGGCAAUCUUGUAGAUUUAACAACUUUUGUAGAUGUUUAAAUCUAUAAUUUAUAUUACUUAAGGUUUUUAAAAUGUAGUCUAUAAAAUCUAACAUGACCCAAUGUUAUUUUUAAAAGAUUAUAUUAAUAAUUAAGACAUUUGAUUUUCA